GUCGUCGUGCGCGAACCCGCCCUCCCAACCGGAUCCAGACAGCGCCGGAACAUCCGAUCAGCGACCGGAGCUUGUUCGAGAGUUUUUGCCGCCUUUUUCGUGCUCCGGGAGAGGGGUUUUUUUGGCUUUUUUUCGGUUUGAUUCUCGCGCGGCGGGGAUGAAUUUUCGGCCGUCUGGCGCCCCCCUCGAAUCCGUCAAGAUGGAGUAAAGCGUUAUCUGAUCAUGGAAUCGCUCGUCCUAAUGGAAAAUAACACCGAUUAUUUCGUUGUGAAAAAUACGGAUAAUGCUGCUUCAGUAGAAGGGAUUAUCAUAAACGAAUCGUGCACGGAAAAUGGAAUCGGAUUCAUGGAGGAGCAGGACACCGUCACGAUGAUGUCGAUACUCGUCAUAGGCGUGUUCUUAUCGUUGCUGAUUUUCCUAUCUGUUGCUGGGAACAUAUUAGUUUGUGUCGCCAUUUAUACGGACAGGGGCCUACGUCGAAUUGGGAACCUCUUUCUGGCCAGUUUAGCAAUUGCUGAUCUUUUCGUCGCUUGUCUGGUUAUGACAUUCGCCGGAGUCAAUGACAUUUUAGGUUAUUGGAUUUUCGGUGCUCAAUUCUGCGACACCUGGGUGGCCUUCGACGUCAUGUGCUCAACAGCUAGUAUACUUAAUCUUUGCGCCAUAUCACUAGAUAGGUAUAUUCACAUUAAAGACCCCUUAAGAUAUGGUAGAUGGGUGACGAGGAGAAUAGCUUUGGUAACCAUAGCGACGAUUUGGCUGCUCGCCGGAUUAAUAUCGUUCGUUCCGAUUUCUUUAGGGCUUCACAGGCCUCCUCAACCGCUCGUUUACAAUGCAGGAGGGCAAAAUUAUCCUACGUGCGCUUUGGACCUGACGCCCACUUACGCCGUGGUAUCUAGUUGUAUAUCUUUCUAUGUUCCCUGUAUCGUAAUGAUAGGCAUCUACUGUAGGUUAUACUGUUACGCUCAAAAACACGUUAAAAAUAUUAGAGCCAUCACGAGACCGAUAGAUUUGCCCGACGCCGCCAUCAAGAAGAAGAGCACCAAGCAGAAAAAUAAAGCUCUUCACAUACAUCUGCACAACCAUCACAGUAGCCCCUAUCACGUCAGCGAUCACAAAGCCGCCAUUACAGUAGGCAUAAUCAUGGGCGUGUUCCUCAUCUGCUGGGUGCCGUUCUUCUGCAUAAACAUCGUCACCGCUUUCUGCAAGACCUGCAUACCGGACAUCACCUUCAAGAUACUCACCUGGCUGGGCUACUCGAACUCCGCCUUCAAUCCCAUCAUCUACUCCAUCUUCAACACGGAGUUCCGGGAGGCGUUCAAGCGCAUCCUGACCACCCAUUACCCGGAUUGGUGCAAAUGCGGAUACCAAUCGGUGAGCUUGCACAACGACAAGUAUGUAACAGACUACGGCACCAAGACGUUGGUGGUGAACGCCCGCAGGAACGGCUCCUUCGGGGAGUUCUCCAGCGAGCACCUCAGCUGCGAGUCGGUCAGGCAGACGCGGGUCAACUCGGAGAAGGAUAUACUGGAGGAUAUCAGCGCCAUUUGACAUCAGGAUUGCGACAAUUUGCAGGACACGUUGGUUUAGUAAGAGUUUGUGCGGUUAUGUUCAAUGUUGGUGUCUGGAUGGAGCUUCAACAUCGAAAAUUAUGGGAGGGAAAGGGUAACGCUGAGCGUCCUGUAUGUAGUUCGAUACAAGGCUGUAGUUAUUGAAAAUCCUUGUGUAUUAUAUCAUAAAGCGUAGAUAUUGUAGGUAUAAUGGAUUCACUCUUCAUAUUUUAAGGCUGUGCGUUGUAACAAAAUAAUUUAGUGGAAAAACAAGAAAGUUAAUUAUACCACGAAGAUAAAUUUUAGUCCAAAUGAUAUUAUUAACAAUCAUAUCUUCCUAUAAUAACAUACAUACAUGCCGAAAUACCUAUUUAAUAAUGUUCCCUGAUUCACUGUAAAGGACCAGUCCAAUGGGGCGU